AUGGUUAAAAAUGCUGAAUUAUAUCCUUUAAAUAUACCAUCAGAUAUUUCUGAUUCUUUGAGUACAAUAUCAUCCGACACUGAUAAAGAAUGGCAAGAAUCCAUAAGUCAACUAAAUAUCUUUUUAUUUUGGAUUAUCAUUCCAUUUAUUGGAAAAUGGGCAGGUCGUCAAUUUGCUUAUUUCUUAUGGGAACGAUGUAUAAAAAUGAAAACACCAAUAGAGUUGUCUAUUAAAAGUCAGGGUGUUCUCGGAUUACGUAAAUUACUAACACCAUUUUAUUGA